ACUCUAUGAAUAGAUUCCUAUUAUGAAAUGGAAACAAAAUUUUUUACGUUUACCUGAUAGUAAAAAUUCGUAACUUAGAAGUAAAUCUCUGCGAUAAAUUACAAGUAGCUUCCAAAGAUCCCACAAUCGUUAUAUUCUCAAUUCCAAUAAAUUCUACAUUUGAGUCGAAGAACCCUUUGUAGUCGAUUAACUGAAAGGUAAAUAAACUUAUGUCAAAAUUGUGUCAAAAUUUCAACGGAUGUAAAAUAUUUUUUCACAAAUGGAUAUUUUACGGAUUUUUCGUAUGCAAGAACCAGUCUCGAAAACAUUAUUGGCUAAAAAACAAGAAAAUAGUGGUGAAUACAAAGAAGUUGUACAAGAAAAAAAAGUUCUCAUCAGAAACAAUAAAGCCAGAAUAAAAGAGCUGGAGGAAGAGGUAGCUGAGCUGAAAUUAGCAAACCAAAGACUGGAAACAAGACUCAAAGCAAGCGCCCAAGAUGAUAAUAGUUUUCAGAGAGUGAUGUUUGAAUAUGAUGAUUUUUUCAAGAGUGUCUGGAAUGAACGAGAAGAGUUAAUAAAAAAAGGUGAAAUCAUGGACAACUAUUUGGAAAAUUUGGAGAUAUCUUAUAGUGAACUUUUGGAAAAGUUUCAAAGAGCCAAAGAUAUAAUUCUUGAAAUGAAAGAAAAUCAAGAUCUUCUGUUGGAAGAACUUAACGAAUAUAAGGAGAUCAUAACAAUCUUAGAAAAUAAAUAUGAUAAUCUUAAGCGACACUCCGAAAGUACAAUAGAAGAAGCUAAUAUACAAAUGGAUCAACAAAAAAAAGAAAAUAUGGAGGAAAUGGCAAAAUUAAAAUCCAAGAUCAUUCAAAGACAGGCCAAAAUUAACGAGUUAGAGAAGCGAAUAAGACAUGAAGAUGCAAAACCUUUAUUAGCUCCACUCAGAAAUAAAAUGGCAGAUAUGUGAAAACAGAAUAUCCAUAAUAGUUUCUGUAGCGGUUUUUGUAAUAAAAGCAUUGUAAAAAAU